CCAGCUGACUGGCAGUACUUGUUUACUGGUGGAGGUACACAGGGAGAGACGAGAGGGGGAAAACCAUACCGCCGACAACACGAGAGAAGUUUUUUUCCCACUUUCAGCCCAUUCCCACGCCAAUGAGUUCAUCGAAACCGCACACCGGGGUCUUGUGGACGGAAUUGAGUGGUUUUAUGGGCAGGCCGGACACGCGUUGGACGCUGCUCUGUUGAUUAACGUGGAAGAUUAAAACGCAACGCGGCCGUGACGCGCGUACGCUCACACACUUCGGGAGCAUUGUGCUGGAAGCAAAGGCUUUAGGGGAAUAUCCAGAAUUUUAUUGGGCUCUGACCGCUUUGAAUUUACACAAACGUGUGUGGAUGUUUAAUAUCAAGGGACGGUGGCUUUUUUUGAGAGUAGAAUAGAAAAGAAAUCAUUUUUUUGGUGUAUGCAUGUAUAUGUGGAGAUGAGGAGAUGCCUAUUUUUGAUAGGAACAUUUGGCAGUGCAUGAAACGACCUGUGGAAUAACGCUUAUUUUUUGCUUCUUCCCUCAGAGACGAGAUUAUUCAGAGGCGAAUUAUUGGAAUUUUUGACUAUUGGGAACCUUUCUGUGAACAUUUGGAAUAUUUUGUUUGUUUGUUUGUUUUUAAAGCAACCUCUGGGGUGCCAUAUUACAAUUUUUAUUAUUAAUAUUCCAUACAUUUUCUAGCCAAAACAGGGGUAUGAAAAAGUUGCAAUGUACUGUACCCUUAAGGGUACCUCAUUCCUAGAAGUGUGGGAUUGAUUCCAUGGAAGAAAUGCAUGGACGUUUUUCAUGCUUGAUCUACUGAAAGCAAAGAUGAAUUCGAAAAAUCGUUCAAAAUGAUUUUUGUUCAUUUAUUUUUCACUAGGGUGCAAGAUCAUGUUAUUUAAUGCUAAUUUCGCUCAUGCUUUGAAGGCAACAGCUACUUAAACUGAACAUUAUUUUGAACUGAAGCACGCUGGACCCCUGGGUCCCCUUCUUGGGGGGUCUCAUUUGACUUGUUUUUGGCCCGGAUAUAAGCUAAUUAAGGUUUUAUCUUCUUUUACCGCUCUACAGCUGUUUUUUGCACACACCAGAGGUGGAUUUAAUUUAAGAAGAAAACUAAAACGUGUCGCCAGGCAUAAUGCGGCUGGACACAUCUAUGGUUGUUUUGCUCACUUUCGCCUACAUCGUGUGCCUCUGCGGAUCGCUAAAUGGAGAAAUUUGCCCCAGCACGGACAUCCGCAACAAUGCGACCCACCUGCGUGUUCUUGAGAACUGCACGGUGAUCGAAGGCCACCUGAAGAUCCUGCUCAUGUUCAAGACCAGAUCGGAGGACUUCCGUGGCCUGAGCUUCCCGAAGCUGGUUGUGAUCACUGACUACCUGCUCCUCUUCCGCGUCUACGGCCUCGAGAGUCUGGGCGACCUGUUCCCCAACCUCACCGUCAUCCGCGGCAACAACCUCUUCUUCAACUACGCCCUGGUAAUGUUUGAAAUGAUCCAGCUGAAGGAAAUCGGCCUCCAUAGCCUGACCAACAUCACGCGGGGAGCGGUACGCGUCGAGAAGAACCCCAACCUCUGCUAUCUGUCCACUCUCGACUGGUCCAAGAUCUCCGACUCGGUGGAGGACAACUACAUUGUGGCUAACAAGGACGAUCGGGAGUGCGGAGACAUUUGCCCGGGUACCAUCAUGGGGACGAUAACCUGCAAACAGACCACCAUCAACGGGAACUUCGGAGAACGUUGCUGGAACCAGAACCAUUGCCAACGAAUUUGCCCUUCCGAAUGCGUCCACGGAGCUUGUACCCACCAUAAGGAGUGCUGUCACGACCAGUGUCUGGGCGGCUGCUCCGUGCCAGGGAACUCGACCAAAUGCGUGGCUUGUCGCAACUUCCUGUUUGGCGACACCUGCGUGGAGCGCUGCCCGCCGGGCUACUACACCUUCAAGGGAUGGCGCUGUGUGUCCUUUAAAUUCUGCCAGGAUCUCCACAACCAGUGUAAGGGCAAGAGCGGCGACUGCCAUGAGUACGUUAUCCACAACGGAGCCUGUAUCCCAGAAUGCCCGUCUGGAUACACCACCAUGAAUUCCACCUCGUUGAACUGCACGCCCUGCACCGGUCGCUGUCCCAAACUGUGUACGGGGGUGAAGACGGUGGACUCGGUCACCGCCGCUCAGGCACUGCGUGGCUGCACGGUGCUCAACGGCAGUCUGAUCAUCAAGAUCAGCAAAGGAAACAACAUCGCUGCGGAGCUGGAGUCUAGUCUGGGUCAGCUGGAGGAGAUCACGGGCUAUCUGAGCAUCCGCAGAGCCUACGCUCUCGUCUCGCUCUCCUUCCUCCGCAAGCUGCGCGUCAUUCGCGGGGAAACGCUGGAAAACGAGAACUUCUCUUUCCACGCCUUCGACAACCAGAACCUGCGGCAGCUGUGGGACUGGAACAAACACAACCUCACCAUCCUCAACGGCAGGAUGUACUUCGGCUACAACUCCAAACUCUGCAAGUCUGAGAUCAUCCGCAUGGAAGAAGUGACCGGGACCAAGGACAGGAAGAACGAAAUCAGCAUCCCGGCGUACGCCGACCAGGCCUUCUGUGAAACCCAAGUUCUUAAUUUUACGGUGAUCCGCACGACCUCCGACAAGAUCCUCAUUAAGUGGCAAGCGUUUUGGCCCUUGGACUUCAGAGACCUGCUGGGAUUCAUGGUCUUCUAUAAGGAAGCUCCUUAUAAGAACGUGACGGAGUAUGACGGCCAGGACGCCUGUGGCUCUAACAGCUGGGCGAUCGCAGACGUGGAGCCUCCCGAGCGUAACUCCGAGGGCAAAGGCCAGAACGAGCCGGGUCUCAUCAUCAUGCCUCUGAAGCCCUGGACCCAGUACGCCAUCAUGGUCAAAACCCAACUCGCCGCCUCCGACGACCACCUCGUCCGCGGGGCCAAAAGCGAGAUCAUCUACGUGCGCACCAACGCCACCCGACCCUCGGUACCGCUGGACCCCAUUUCCUGGUCCAACUCCUCCUCCGAGAUCAUUCUCAAGUGGAAGCCGCCCUCCGACCCCAACGGCAACAUCACCCACUACAUCGUCUACUGCCAGAAGCAGGAUGAGGACAUCACGCACUACAAGUUCGACUACUGCCAGCAAGGGAUGAAAGUGCCGUCCCAUACGCCGACGCACCACGACAUCGAAGACGACCAGAAGUGGAACCAAACGGAGGUGCCCGACCAGAAGGGCCGCUGCUGCGCCUGUCCCAAAACAGAGACGCAGCUGAAGAAAGAGGCUGAGGAGACUGAAUUUCGCAAGACGUUUGAAAACUACCUCCAUAAUGAAGUGUUUGAACCCAGACCCCACCGACGGCGGCGCUCAGUUGGCGUGGCCAACGCUACCUUGCCGAAUUUCGCGAGCACGUCGUCCAGCCUGCCCAACUUUUCCACCACUUCGAGCCCGGAGAAAGAAAAGAGUCAGAAAAUGGUGUUCAAAGCCAGCUCCAAAGAGUUCAUGGUCAUCUCCAACCUGGUCCACUUCACCAGCUACCAGAUCGAAAUUCAGGCCUGCAACCAUCCCACAGAUCCGAACCGCUGCAGCAUGCCAACAUACGUCAACGCCCGAACCCUGCCUGAGCUAAAAGCUGACAACGUUGUCGGGCCAGUGACUCACGAAUUUUUUCCCGAUCAACCGGAUUUUGUCUACAUCAAAUGGCAGGAGCCAAAAGCACCCAAUGGCAUGAUCAUACUGUACGAAGUCAAAUACAUGAGAAUGUCGGAUAACUAUGAGGAUCAAAUCUGUGUGUCCAGAAUCACUUAUGAAAAAAACCAUGGCUAUCGAUUACGAGUAGGGCAUCCUGGGAAUUACAGUGUGAGAAUACGUGCCACUUCGCUGGCCAGCAACGGUUCCUGGACGGAGCCUGCAUACUUCUUUGUUCAAGACAGAGAUAUGAACAUGAAAAUCAUCAUCGGCCCACUCAUCUGCUUCAUUGUACUGCUGUUUCUGGCCAGUACAGUCUUCAUUGUCCUUAGGAAGAAACAAACUGAAGGACCAACUGGCCCACUGAUUGCUUCCUCGAACCCAGAAUAUAUAAGUGCAAAUGAUGUGUACAUCCCAGAUGAAUGGGAGGUGCCUCGGGAGAAGAUCAGCGUUCUGAGAGAGCUCGGUCAGGGAUCGUUUGGAAUGGUGUACGAAGGCAUCGCUAAAGACAUUGUGAAGGGCGAACCGGAGACAAGAGUGGCCGUUAAAACCGUCAACGAGUCUGCGAGCCUACGUGAGAGGAUCGAGUUCCUCAACGAGGCUUCGGUCAUGAAAGCCUUCAGCUGCCAUCAUGUGGUCCGGUUGCUUGGUGUGGUAUCUAAGGGGCAACCGACGUUGGUCGUCAUGGAGCUUAUGACACACGGUGAUCUAAAAAGCUACCUGCGUAGUUUGAGACCUGAUUCUGAGAAUAACCCAGGUCGUCCUCCGCCAACCCUGAAGGAGAUGAUCCAAAUGGCAGCGGAGAUAGCAGAUGGCAUGGCGUACCUCAACGCUAAGAAGUUUGUCCACAGAGACCUCGCUGCCAGAAACUGUAUGGUGGCUGAAGAUCUUACUGUGAAAAUUGGAGAUUUUGGUAUGACACGAGACAUCUAUGAGACUGAUUACUAUCGCAAGGGCGGGAAGGGCUUAUUGCCCGUCAGAUGGAUGGCGCCAGAGUCCCUAAAAGAUGGCGUUUUCACUGCUCACUCAGACUGCUGGUCUUUUGGAGUGGUAUUAUGGGAGAUCAGCACACUUGCCGAGCAGCCUUACCAGGGACUGUCUAAUGAGCAAGUGCUCAAGUUUGUCAUGGAUGGAGGGUACCUGGACAGACCGGAGAACUGUCCGGAGAGAAUGCACAACCUCAUGCAGAUGUGUUGGCAGUACAACCCGAAGAUGCGGCCCACCUUCCUCGAGAUCAUCGAGAUGAUCAAGGAGGACCUGCAUCCCACUUUCCAAGAAGUCUCCUUCUUCUACAGCGAGGAGAACAAACCGCCAGAGAGCGAGGAGUUCGACAUGGACUUCGAGAACAUGGAGAGCAUACCACUGGACCCCUCAUCCUGUUCCCAACGUGAGGACAGCCUCAGUAGAGACAACGGCCCCUCGGUGGGCCUACGGGGCAAUUACGAGGAGCACGUGCCCUACACACAUAUGAACGGUGGAAAGAAAAAUGGCCGAAUUCUGUCUUUACCCAGAUCUAGUCCGUCCUAACAUUCGCCUCGGCUUUUUCAGUUUUUGUUUUUUGUUUUUUUUUAAGAAAAGUUUUUAAAUGCGUUAUUUUUGCAGAGGCCCUUAAAGAUACAGAUCUCAGGUCUUUUUUGUUGUCGACGUCGUUGUUGUUGAUGUUUCCGUCUCACGGCUACACUAGUAUGGUUACAACGAAAACGGACGUUAUUUUCGCCCAUCAUCCAACGCACCAUUCGCUUUCUGACACUUUUACACUUUUGCCAAGUUUCCAAGACAGUUUGGUUGGGCGGUGGGGAAAAGCAAACUGUGAACAUGACUAAAUCAACCAGAAAAGCUGCUUCGGCUACGUCACCUCAAAGUCCACUUCCUUUUCCCUUGGAUGCUUAUUUCCUGUCUCUAUUUUUUCUUUUUUUAAAGAUAGUGGCCUUUUAUUAAGUGGCCUAUAAAAAGAGAAGUGUCUAUCAAUGCUUGUGUUAAUUUCUUUAGAACAAUGACUUUACAGUGUGGAACUAUGGGAUGGCUUAUAUACUUUUAGAACAAACCUUCGUUUUGUAGAGGAAUGACUUUUAUUUUGUCCUGGAGAAUUCCUGAAUUCACUUAGAUGAUAUUCACACGGUGUUCUGGUGAAUGAGGUUUAAUUUAUUUGCUUUAUUAUUAUUAUUUUUUUCCUCUGAGCUUUUUACUCCUGUGUCCUUUUUACCGGCUGAAGGAUAUUUAACAGUUAUGAAUUGGACAAAAGAGUUCCUCAGACUGACCAAUAGCUGCUGCUCUGAUAUAUAGUGGGUAUUUGAUUUUCAUAUAUAUAUAUAUAUAUGUGUGGUAUAUAUAUAUAUAUAUAUAUAUAUAUAUAUAUAUAUAUUUAAAUAUUGAUUGGUAUCAGUAUUUUAAAUAUACUAUUCACAACAUCUGAACUUUUGUACAUAAUUCUAAUGUCUUUUUCUAAUGUCUUCAUCAGCUUUGCUUAUACAAUAUUUUUUGCAACAAUGUCUCUUUUUAUGAGCUGUUUUUUUUAUGUCUAACCAAAAAAAAAAUCGCAUUAAUUAACGUGCAAGUUGACUCACAAUGAUAUUCCAGCGUACAGUGGGGAGCGUUUUUGGUUUGGCCUGAAUUCGAAUGAUGCAAAAUGACAAUUUCAUUUCGGAAUAACUGCUCAGUUCAAGAGAGUAAAUAUUUCCAUAAAUCAAAUUUUGGGAUUGCCGAUAGCUGUUGUGGAGAAUGUUUUGGGAAUGUUUCGGAGCUUUGUCUUCAGUGGGAUAUGAAAGGUUGUUUUUGGCUCGAUUUACCUGAUUUUUCCAACGUUAUCUCACGACCAAUUCGUACGUAUUUCACAAAUUCGUACGAAUUCGUACUACCUCACUCACUCAAUAUGUAUGAUUUGAGUGGCAGGGCUAGGUGUAAGUCAUUCGUACAAAUUCAUACGUAUUGUGCGACUCGUAAAAUCCGUACGUUUUCGCUAAAAACGUAUGAAUUUGUACGAAUGAGGUCAUACGAAUUAGCCGCCUCAUAAAAUAUGUACAAUUUGCCAUGAGAUCAGGCUGGAUUUUUUACCUAGAUUAAGGAUUUUAAUAUGAAAGAUAAGCUCUACCGAGGGAUUCUGGGUUGUUUGUUUUUCGACGACGGAAAUAUACGCAUUCGACUUGACAAUAUUCGAAUCGGAUCAAUAAAACAUUCCUGUAAUUUAUCCCCAGUGAGGCUCCGGUACCUAUAUCAAACGUGAGUGUAGUUUUCGCACAGCUUCACGCAAUAAGCCGUGAAAGGGAAGUCUUAGAAGACCACAGGGAAAGUAAACUUCCUUCUCUGUCAGAAUGACGCCGCUUUUUCCCAAAUAAUCCAGCUUUCGUAGGCAAACGCUCGAUUCCUCAACUUUGUGCCUUCUCCGAUCGCCAGAGGCAAAAGAGAUGGCGUUUUUACUGGAUCUCGCUCGUCAUUAUCAAAAAAUGUGCACAUUUCAUGUAUGUGCGUGGAUAUUUGUGUGUGUGUGUAUGUAUAUUUAUUUGUGGGUAGUUCAGGAGGGAAACGACAGGACGAGGCUGAAAUUCACACGUAAGCUUUUUUCCUUUCCUCACAGUAGCCUGAUAAAAAACGUUCCCUUGGUCCCAUUGGCUUUAUCUUAGAUGUACAUAGAAGUUUAAUCAAAAUCAAACUUGCUUGUAGCUCUUCAUACACUAUUACAAAGAAAGUCAGUUUUUAUUUCUUGUAGCAGUGAGCAGACGUCUGAUUUUUGUUUUUACCUAAAUAAUAUUACCAUAUCUUUGAAAAGGCAAAUAAUGAUAUUUUAUUUAUUUUAUGAUCCUCAUAAUUAUGUAAAUCCCUGCUAGCUUUUAUUACAAUACUCUAAGGCGGGUAAAACUAGUCUUUUAGUUGUUUAUUUUUAGUUUAAGGAGAGAUACAGCCGGUGUGGUCGCGAACGCAGGUGGUUUACUAGCGCUAAUGUCUUUCUGUUGGUUGUUUGGACACAGUCUACCUCAGUAUGUUGUUAGAAAAAAUUUUUUUAGAGCCAAGUGCAUCUCUCUUUAGUUGUUUGAAUUUCUUUAACAGGCUUGUUUCGGGGCAGCAAGAACCAUGUCCGCAAUCCCAAAUUCGGCCACUAGAGGCUCUCUCUUUCGCAAUGAUUACGUAUCACUCCCCUUUUGAUUUUGGUGAAAGCUUAGAACCCAAAGAUUCGCUUAAAUGGGUGUCUUUAUUUGAAAUUCGCAGAGCCAGUUGCGAAAAAUUUGAUGAAACGAAAGUUUAACCAUAGAGUAUUACGAAGUUGUGGUAUGCGUAAAAACUAGCUUUUAUUUUACGGUACAUCGUUCGGCUCUGCUAAUCUGAGGUAUUAUGGAGUUUAUCUCUUCGUCGAUUACGUGAAGCACUUAUUUGAAUAAUACAAAAAAUUUGCAAAGCCACUUGUCGUUACUUCGCAAAAAGCUUUCGCCCAUGUGUUUUUAAACUGAAUUUAGUCACUUCCGUAGAGACUACUGAAUCACAGUUUGUUGCGCGAAAACGCCCUGAAACAUUUAGCGAUGUUUUCUUUUUAUUUUAUUGGCUCUGUAGUUACAGUGGGCGUACAACCAUUUGUGAUUCCCUUGGUCUUCUUCGCUCACUGCAGUAUCUUACCGAACAAACUUUCUGGUGCCCCGAGUUCAGUAGUUUUGCGUACAAAAACUUUGUUCACUGUUUUUGGUUUGUUUGCACCAAAUGUGAUUGUCAAUGUCUUUUUUUUUUUUUUGUUCCAUGUGUUUUCUACUGUGAAAAUUUCUAUCAAUGCCAUAGUUUAUAGUAAACACGGACUUCACCUGCCUCUCCUUACACGUGCGUUCAUAAAUACUCUCUCGGACAAUCCUACGUGCCAUAGAAAUGUUUUAUUUUCCUCAGGGAGAUGUGAGCGUUGGGUUUCGUUUAUCGGAGGAGCGUCAAUUUUAUCCACUGCUAGCUUAAUCGGAUGGACAACUGCAAAAACGAUGCCUUUGGAUGCGGGUCGUGCAUCUUUAAAGCAUUUCGCAUCUUUCGUUGCCUCUCCAAUGUGUUUCGGGGAAUAAAUUGAGCGCCCCCCCUGGUGGAUCCGUAGUGCCUUGCACAAACCUAAGUAUCCUCCAAGCCAAACCUGGCCAACAAACUCCCUGGACCGGAUUGUUUUUCACCCAACAUCCUCAAAAUACUGGAGCCUAUUGUACAGAUUUCUCAACAGGUUAGCACAUCUUUGGCUCUCAAUGCUUGGCUCGGUUUUACUGUAUUGGUAUAUGUGAAUGAUAUUCUUUUAUUUUGAUUUUUAAUUAAGCUGAACUUGUCUCUUCUUGGAUAUGCUACGGCUUGCUUCGUGUGCUUGAUGAACUGCCCGACGUCGUACGAUUGAUUCACUGUUACCCAAACAACAACUUUGGCAGCUCCCAGUGUAAAAGUCUAAAUUGAGAGAAUAUAAUUUUGAUAAAUGUCCUGAAAUUAACGUAGUAACAAAAACCCAAAUGCGGUUUUCUACAGCAAGCUAGAAAAGCGGAACAGGUCGAGCGCAAGGCAUUGUAUGUAUUUUAUUGUUUUUAAAAGGAAAAAGUAUUACACUUAGAGAUAUUAAUUUCUAUUUUUUUAGUCAAAAUAGGGAGGGCAAAUUCAAUUACUUUUUUGACUGUAAACUUUUACUAUUUCAUGUACAUUACGGAAUUAACAUUAUCAAUGUAUAUAGCUUUCUUUUUCGAUAAAAGUGUGAUGUCUUUUGUUCAUGGCAUUACACUGUGAUUCAGAGAUAGAAAUGACAUCGAUUUUACUCUCCAAACUGAUCGGAUGACGAACUGUUCGGGGGUUUGGCCUACAAUGAUGUUCUUUGUAUGACUUUGCAUUGUUGUUUUGACUUUUUUUUUUUUUUUUUUUUUUUUGUUUCAUGUACAACUACUUGUUUGCCAUCCAAGAAAUGAUUGCAUAUCCUUUGUCAGCAUUUUGUAUUUGUAAAUUGUUACCCUUUUCUUUGUACAAUACGGACAAUUCCUCUACAUGGCGAUUCAUAAAGGUGACCGUUUGAAUAAACAAUUGUUUUUCAAUGUGAAAAACUGGAAAAGACCACUGCAGACUUUAUUAUAAGCUACAAUCCUGCAAAAAUAAAGGUAUAGUUGACAUCUGAAAUUAUCACUAACAGCUUACUAUGAAAGCUUGUUUCCGCCACAAGAUAAAACAUAGUUUAUAUUUCACAAUUCUGUCUCUUAAAGUCUGAAUUGUGAGAUAAAAAAGCAAUUUCGAGAUGAAAACUUGCAAUUCUGAGUAAAAGUCCAAAAUGUGUGGGGAAAAACAAGAAUUUGUGAGAUAUAAACAACACAAAAUACAAUAUAAAUUAACGAUUUAAAAAAAAAACAAACAACUGAAUUGUGAGAUAUAAAGUCAGUUUUGAGAUAUAAACUCUCAAUUUACGAGAAGAGCUCCAAAAUGUGCGAAAAAAGGCUAAAUUUAUUGGAUAUAAACUCUCAAAUGCAAGAGAAAAGUCAGAAUUGUGAUAAGUCAGAAUUGUGAUAAGUCAGAAUUGCGAAAUACAAACUCGUCUACACAAAUUACGAGAUAUAAAUUCGCAAUUUCAAAAAAGUCAGAAUUAUGAGAUGUAUAUUUGCAAUUUUGAGAAAAAAAGUUCAAAAUACUUCUUCUACGAAGAAAGGCAGAAUUUGUGGGAUAUAAACUCACAAAUGCGAGAUAAAGUCAGAAUUGUGAAAUACAAACUUGACAAUACAAAUUACGAUAUAAAUUCGCAAUUUCAACAAAUGUCUGAAAUAUGAGAUAUAAAGUUUUGACACAUAAACUCGUAAUUUGUAGGGAAAAGGCCAAAAAUGUGGGAAAACUCAUAAUUGCAAGAAGUCCGAAUUCCGAAAUACAAACUUGACAGUACAAAUUAUGAGAUAUAAAUUUGCAAUAUCAAAAAAGUUGCAACUUGUGAGACAUAAACUAAGAACUGUUAUUUCUUUAUUACGUUGGGGGGAAAUAAAUUGGGAAGGCUAAACUUAGAAUUGAGAGUGAAAAGUAAGAAUUGCGAGAUAUAAACUCGAAAUUGCAAGAAAAAAAGUCAGAAUUCAGAGUUUACAUCUCGAAGUUUUAACAUUUUUUUUUUUUU